AUGCCCAAGCCUGGGGGAAGUGGGGGUAUGCCGCCUGGGAGUCGAGACAGCAGUGGGAUAUGUCGAAGCAGUAGCAUCAGCAGUGGAAUUGGUGGGUCUGGAGGCAAGAUACUGUCCCUGUCGUCCAUGAGUGAGAGUGUGCACAGUGGCCUGAGCUGUUUCUUGUCUGAGCAAGCACUGGAGCAGCAAGAAAGGCAGCAGCGCAGCAGUCAGUUGGCAGAGUUUCAGCGUCUGAGAGAGGUUCGUGCAGCUGCUCAGCUCAAAAACCUGGAGGAUUUCCUUAAGGUGAACCAUGUUUCACUCAGGGACAGCAUAUCUUAUGCCACAGGAAUGAUUUACAGAAAUCUGGGCAAAUCUGGAUUGAGGGUGUCCUGUCUUGGAUUAGGCACGUGGGUUACCUUUGGAGGCCAAAUAACGGAUGAGGUGGCAGAGGAGCUGAUGACUUUGGCUUAUGAGAAUGGAAUCAAUCUUUUUGACACAGCAGAAGUGUAUCAUGCCGGAAAGGCUGAACUUGUCUUGGGAAGUAUCAUAAAGAAGAAAGGAUGGAGGCGUUCCAGUUUAGUCAUCACCACCAAAAUCUUCUGGGGCGGAAAGGCAGAAAUGGAAAGAGGAUUGUCUAGAAAACAUAUAAUUGAAGGUCUAAGGGCAUCGCUAGAGAGGCUUCAGCUCGAGUACAUAGACGUGGUUUUCGCGAAUCGACCAGAUCCCAACACGCCUAUAGAAGAGACGGUGAGGGCAAUGACCCAUGUGAUCAACCAGGGAAUGGCCAUGUAUUGGGGGACAUCACGAUGGACCUCCAUGGAGAUCAUGGAGGCAUACUCUGUGGCACGACAGUUUAACCAGAUCCCACCCAUCUGCGAACAGGCAGAGUACCACAUGUUCCAAAGGGAAAAGGUUGAAGUGCAACUUCCUGAACUCUUCCACAAGAUAGGCAUUGGAGCUAUGACAUGGUCUCCACUGGCCUGUGGGAUCAUCUCAGGAAAGUAUAACAGUGAGAUCCCCCCUUACUCACGAGCCUCGCUCAAGGGUUAUCAGUGGAUGAAGGACAAGAUCUUGAGUGAGGAGGGGCACCGUCAGCAGGCUAAGCUCAAAGAGUUGCAGGCAGUUGCUGAGCGGCUGGGCUGCACUCUUCCUCAAUUGGCUAUUGCAUGGUGCCUUAGGAAUGAAGGAGUGAACUCUGUCCUGUUGGGAGCUUCCAAUACUGAUCAGCUGAUGGAGAAUAUCAGAGCAAUACAGGUUCUUCCAAAGUUAUCACUGUCCACUCUAUCUGAGGUGGAUAACCUCUUGGGAAACAAGCCUUAUAGUAAAAAGGACUUCAGAUCCUAG